AUGGGAGGCUAUUGGCGCCCCUUGAAUGUCGUCGCAGUCCUAUUGACCUCUCUCUACUGUAUUCAAGACGUCUCUGCUACAGCCGCUCCUUACCUUAAUCCUGGCUUUCAAUUCGUUUAUGACAAUGGCAAUCAGGCGCUACCGAUACCUGUGACGACUCAGUGUGAUAAAGUACGGUUGAGAUGGUCAAGGGAUACGAACAGUACAGGUCCUCUACCCGUAGCGCCAUAUUCUCUAUUGGUGUUCACCUCCACCUCCUCUAUUCCUUACUCUAUCUCAGCGGGAUUCGGUCCCACAUUUGAUUUCCAAGUUCCCUUCGCCCCGAAUACGCAAUAUCAAAUAUGCAUGUUCGACACCAACGGAGUCUCCGGGGGUUGCCAACAAAGAUACACAGUCAUAGCCAGCAAUUCCAGCACCGCUCCAACUUGUCAAAAUGUUACUGCUCCCUCAGAGCUGUCAGUGUCUGCUACUGUGCCAACAGGCGCGAUGUCCCAGUUUAGUUACAUCGAUCAAUGUAACAGUCUAACCGUAACACCUAAGUCUGGGUCGCCUCCCUACACAUUAACGAUUGCUCCAGAUUACCACCCACCGUACAAUAUUACAUCUAAUUCCAUGGAUCCAAUUUCGUGGCAAGUUUCUUUGCCUGUCGGUUUCCGGUUCUUUCUGUCAUUGACAAGCUCUGACGGUUCGUUGUGGGCCAAUGGUCCGAUGCGUGUGGGCGGUUUGGGCCCAAGCGACUGUCUCGUACCUGGCAGCGUGAGCAAGAGUCAUUUCGAAAGUAUCGUUAUUGGCGCUAGCAUUGGGGGCCUAUUCUUUGGCGUAGCCGCGGGCGCACUCGCUUACUUCGCUUACCUGAAAUUUAUUCGCCGGCGGAAGAAAUCUCCCUCUCAAUCAUAUCUAGCUACCGCAUACGCCUCUGGAAACAAUCCCUCAAGGCCAUUGACAGCACCUUCGUUGAUCGGUGGGUCAACCAUUGUCACACGGACGGCCCCGUCAAUAGUCUCCUCCAUGCCCACUCUGGCAAUGCCCGCUAUGCCCUUGCCUACAACGCCACCAACACGGAGCGCCGAGUUACCGCUUGAGCCUGUCCGACACCCUUCGUCGGUCAGGAGCAGAAGGCCAAAUCGCUCCGUCGACCCCUACGACCUCUCCAUCCGAAGCGACGCCGAGUCUGUCGCCUCCCGCGGACAGUCUUCUAUCGCACCAACAUUGGUGUCCAACAAUAAUAAUAACAGCAGCAGUAACAAUUAUCCGUUGGACGUCAAGCGCCCGUUACCUCCCAGUCCAGGUGCAGUCGACACAUCGUUUGGCGCCGAUACGACGGCUGAAUCGAUGGUUUCAUCGUCCUCGUAUAUUACUCACACCCCAUCUCCACCUCGAGGUCGUCCGGUAUCGGUACAAUCUCGCGCCCCGACCUAUGUUCCUCGGUCAACUAAUUUAAGAGGGGCCGCCCAUACCAUUAACGAAACAGAAGACGGUGAAAUGGGGGAGCUGCCACCAGAAUAUGGACGGCAUACGAAUGAUCCGUCUUUGAAUUAUGCCCCUUCCGUUCUUUCGUCUGGAAAUCGCUUUAACCUGGUCACAGCCAAGGUUGUAACACUAUCUUUCACCAUUAUGUCCCUGUCUUUUUGGUCUUCCGCAAGAAGAGCCCUUACCGUCGCUACUAUUUGA